AUGGCGGGGCCGGAGCUCUUGCUUGACUCCAACAUCCGCCUCUGGGUAGUGCUGCCCAUCGUCAUCAUCACCUUCUUCGUGGGCAUGAUCCGCCACUACGUGUCCAUCCUGCUGCAGAGCGACAAGAAGCUCACCCAGGAGCAAGUCUCCGACAGUCAAGUCCUAAUUCGAAGCAGAGUCCUCAGGGAAAAUGGAAAGUACAUUCCCAAACAGUCUUUCCUGACACGAAAAUAUUACUUCAACAACCCAGAGGAUGGAUUUUUCAAAAAAACUAAAAGGAAGGUUGUGCCGCCUUCUCCUAUGACUGAUCCCACCAUGCUCACAGACAUGAUGAAAGGCAAUGUCACCAAUGUCCUGCCUAUGAUUCUUAUUGGUGGAUGGAUCAACAUGACGUUUUCAGGCUUUGUCACAACCAAGGUCCCGUUUCCACUGACCCUCCGUUUUAAGCCUAUGCUACAGCAAGGAAUUGAACUACUUACAUUAGAUGCCUCCUGGGUGAGUUCUGCAUCCUGGUAUUUCCUCAACGUCUUUGGGCUUCGGAGCAUCUACUCUCUGAUUUUGGGCCAAGAUAAUGCUGCUGACCAAUCUCGGAUGAUGCAGGAGCAGAUGACUGGAGCAGCCAUGGCCAUGCCCGCAGACACCAACAAAGCUUUUAAGACAGAGUGGGAAGCUCUGGAACUGACGGAUCACCAAUGGGCACUGGAUGACGUCGAAGAGGAGCUCAUGGCCAAAGACCUCCAUUUCGAAGGCAUGUUCAAAAAGGAAUUACAGACCUCUAUUUUUUGA